AGCUGCAGGGAGCAAGCAUCAGUAGCAAUCACAUGAGAGGGGCCUGGUGUUAUGUCACGUGAGGUAUCGCUUCUAAAACAUGGCUCCAAAUAGCUCAGAGCAAAACACAAUCGGCUGACUGACUGUCGUCUGGCUGCUGACACUCAUCUUUACAUGCCAGAAAAUGAAGCAAACACGUGUCAUCAUGCAGGAUGUUCAAGUGUUAUGAAGUUAAUGUCGGACAAACUCAUCAUGCAUGGAACCGGGGUGCGUUGUUAGCUCAACGCUAACUAGCUGUCAACUGCUACAAGUGGUGAGAGUUCUUUUUUUAAAGGGACAGGUGGAUGAGGAGAUAACGUUUGCUGUUGGUGAUUUUAUAUCUUCCACCAUGGAUAUCUGAAAACUGAAAACUUCUAGUGGCUGACAGCGAGUGGAAAGUAGCUGAAAACUGUCUAAGUGAGAACAACCAGUUGCAGAUUGACCAUGGAUUGGCUGAUGCAUGCAGUUGAAAAAGACUUGGGGAUUGAAAGACGGCAGCAAGGCCCAGGGCGCCGUCCUCAGGAGCUUGUAGCCCUUGUUCCUGUGCGCUGGGUGAUGGGCCUAAGAGAGGGGCGAGUCAUGCGCUGUGCCCGUUUUGACAGCAUCAGUGAGGCAGAAAUUUGCACAUACCUUCAGUCUUCUCAGGCGAAACUGCCCCCUGGGUGGACUAGAGUGUGCAUUCAGGGUUUGAGGAAAAGUAAGCUGAGCUACAGACUGGCUAAAGAGCCAUGCCACCAACAAAUGGAAUUUCUGUCACAGGAUUCUUACAUCAAAACAAUGCAGAGUGUAUCACAGCAUAAUAUCAGGAAUUUAUGGCGUGAAGCUCAUAACAAACUUGUGCGGCCAUAUUCAGGAGCCAGUGAACAGAUGCAUGUUGCAGCUGUAGAUGCAGUACGUCAUGCAUUACAGAAGCUCUUUAAUUCCACAUUUAUCUCAACUGAAAAAGUAUCUCCAUUGCUUUCUCCUGCCAGAGACAAGGAGAAAGAAGUCUGCUUGCCAUCUAGCUCUUCUUGUUUUUCCAAAUCCCAGUCAGACAGUCUGUGUCCUAACAUUCUGCCUGCAGAAUGUCUUUUGGAGACAGCAGAAAUGCUCUAUGUGAUUCUCCCUUACACUCAGUAUUCACUUCGUGAUAUUGUCUCCUUCAGCCCAGCCAAGCUUGCUAACAGCAAUGCCAAAGUGUUGUUCAUUCUCUACCAGGUUCUAAUAGCUAUGCAGGCAUGUCAUGCAACAGGCCUAUCUUGUGGAGAGCUGUCUCUUCAGGACAUAACAGUAGAUGAUCAGUUGUGCAGCCGCCUAAAGCUCAACCUAGCUCAUUAUGAGGAACUGGGAACAGAAGGGGAUGCAGAAAGUAAUGUUAGUCGCAGAAAAGAGCCAAAAAGUGUCCUGCCAAGGGAAAUUCUGUGUGUGAGCCAAGAGAACAAAAGACUUUGCAAAAACUGCUUUGAUGAAUUAAGGACUUUGGUUCUGGACUGGGUCCAUGGACGGGUCAGUAACUUCCGCUACUUGAUGGAACUAAACAGAUUAGCGGGGCGGCGAGAAGGAGACCCAAAUUAUCACCCAGUUCUGCCUUGGGUGGUGGAUUUCACUGUGCCAGAGGGAAAAUUUCGGGAUCUCAGGAGGUCAAAGUUCAGGCUCAAUAAAGGGGAUAAGCAACUGGAUUUUACAUACGAGAUGACCAAAGAGGCUUUGGCAGCUGCAGGAGGCAGUGGUGUUGGUGGAGGAGGUGUCGGUGGAGACCUCAGUGGAGGUGGUGCUGGUGCAGGACAGUCUGACCACCUCCAUGUACCUCAUCACAUAUCCGAUGUUCUGUCAGACAUUACAUACUAUGUCUACAAAGCCAGGCAGACUCCCAAGUCAGUUUUGUGCAGCCAUGUUCGAUCCCAGUGGGAGCCCAAUGAAUACCCAGCAAGUAUGGAACGCAUGCAGAGCUGGACCCCUGAUGAGUGCAUUCCAGAGUUCUACACAGACCCUUCCAUUUUCCACUCAAUUCACCCUGACAUGCCAGACCUGGAUGUGCCUUCGUGGUGCAAGUCUUCUGAAGAGUUCGUUGAGGUCCAUCGGCGGCUUCUGGAGAGCAGAGAGGUGUCCCAGCAUUUGCAUCACUGGAUUGAUCUCACAUUUGGCUAUAAGCUGUCAGGUAAAGAAGCUAUCAAGGCCAAGAAUGUGUGCCUGCAUCUCGUGGACAACCACACUCAUCUAACUACCUAUGGUGUAGUUCAGCUGUUUGACCAGCCACACCCACCUCGCUUAUCUCCUUCUCAGUAUGCCCCAGCAGAACCUCCUCCUCUUGGCCUUGCUGCUCUUACUGUGCCUUCUCUACCCAUCACUCCAAAUGAGACUCUGGCCGACACUUUGGAUGGAAUGGUGCCAGAAUCUACAGGAUGUGAGUCCAGUGGCUGGACCACAGUGGACAAAGAUGAAGAGCUUGAACAAGGUACAGAAGCUCUGGACUCUUUAGCAUCCACUGGCUCAUCCACUUCUGCAUCUUGCUCUGUGCCAAUGCCAGGUAUUAGUGCAUCAGGUGGAAAGACAGGAGGAGAGCACACAGCACUUACUGUAUCUCAGUCUCCAGGUUCAUUCCCUGGUGACCUUUCAAGUGGUGUUGGUCCUGGUUUCCGAAGUGCCAUGCUGCAACGAGGUGGGACGAUGAACAAAAAGCAUGGGGAAGGAAGUGUGACUGCCUCCAGUACAGAGGAAAUGAAGAUCAUUCUCCCUGAAGGCUUUAACCCAUUUCAGCCUUUAGAAGAGCUGGAGAAGUUGAACAAUUUUCUGGUAAAAAGUCUGCACGCUGAUGUAUGGCAUUCUUCAGGUUCUAGUGUACGAUCUGACCUAAUGAGCGAAUCCCUCCCCUCUCUUAUGCAUCUCUACCAAAGAGAUAUGCAGGCUCUUGGUGUUCUCAUCGCUGAGAUAUUUUACGCCACUAAACUAAGGGGACUGAAACCAGAUACUGCACUCAAACAGCGUUUCCAAGCUGUUAUAAAGCUAUGCUCUGCCAGCCUCCGUGAUGUACCACUGUGUUUGCACCAUGCUCUUGAGACACUUUUGCUAAUAGAGAAACAUUCUGGAGAGGCAAACAAAGAUAUAUCAGAUUACCCAAGUCCUCUCCUCUUCAAAUAUGACCCCAUCUUCAAUGGUCUGCCUCCUCCAAGCCCCUCUCAGUUACUGAACUCUGUCAUCACUCCCUUUCCUUUCCCUUCUUAUUUUGCAGCACUUCAUCAUUUUAUUUUUUCCUACCAUGCUAAGAUGGAAAAUAUUAGUAGCCUUCAAGGAAGAGAUGUUGUCUUUCACUUGUGGCAGCAGCUUGAAGCACUGCUGCGGAGUAACAUCACAGCAGAGGGUCUUGAGAUCCUCUUGCCCUUUAUUCUAGCCCUCAUGCUUGAGGAGUCCACUGCUGUCUAUGCAUCUUGGUACCUUUUUGAGCCCAUCUCUACAGUACUGGGUCCCAGAAAUGCAAACAAAUACUUACUGAAACCGCUGAUUAAUGUUUAUGAAAGCCCUCACUGCCUCCGAGGCCGUUUCUAUCUUUACACUGACUGUUUCGUUCUGCAGCUGAUUGUGAGACUGGGCCUGCAGGCCUUUCUAUCCAGCCUACUUCCCCAUGUGCUCCAGGUCAUCACUGGCUUUGAAAGCUGCAACUCAGGCUCUGGAACAGAACCUUUUAAAGGGUUGAGAAAUGGCAUGUGUAAUAUGGGAGAGGAGGAAGAAGAGGAGUUUCAGUGUGGUGAGGUUCGGCCAACGUCUGGGUCUGUUGGCGGUAAUAUGGGGGCUAGCGGCAGCAUCAGUCUUAGUGACCAAGUGUUUCUUUCAGAGCCAGAAGACUUUCAGAAUGGGUUUUAUGUCAACAGCGGAGCAGGGGUGCUUACUGGGAAACAGCAGAGUCAGAACUCUGCAGCCAGGGAACAAGACCAAGAGUCUCUCAGUGUGGGGAAACUAAGUGACAAAAGUAGCGCAAGUGAACUCUCUCUGGGUGAGGACUCAAUGCGGGAUCGAACCAGCCUGAAAUCAGCUGACAGCAGCCAGGACCUGAAACACACUAGUGAAGGAGAGGAGGGAGGAGAGCUGGAGGAAGAUGAGGGGCCAGAUGCUGGUGAGGAUAAAGAGGGGACAAAUGACCCAGAAGUCUUCAACCUUGAGCUUACUCUUUCUGGUUGCACAGAAGCUUCAGGUGCCACAGUUGCCAUUUUAGAGGGUGAGUUUGUGAAUGGGAUGACACUGGACGAGACAGAGAAAGAGAUUGUGGAAGGACAAGACGAAGAGGAUGACCAUGAUCUGUCAGAAGAAUCUGAGGGAAAAGAGCACAAAAUUCUUCUUGAUACAGUCUGCAAAACAGUUAGAUGGCUGUCAGCGAAACUUGGACCAACAGUGACAUCUCGAUAUGUAGCCAGAAAUUUGCUGCGAUUGCUCACAAAUUGUUACAUUGGUAUGUUUCCCAGUGGAGUUCAGACACGCACUGUUGUCUGUCUCAAGAUACUCAGCCUGAUGGCUCUCAUCUGUCUACGCAUUGGGAGGGAAAUGGUGCAGCAGCAUAUGGCUGACACUUUGCGUCGAUUCUUUGCUGUUUUCUCGCUACUGCAUUCUCUGCAGCCCCAGCUCAACAACGCCCCUCGCAGGGUUGUGGGAGAAGUCACAGUGGUAGAUGUCUGUACCACUGAAGAGUCAAAUGUGACAUAUGAGCUGGGGGUCUUGGAAGAGCUGCAGACUGUAUUUAACCCUCAAAUGGCUCAUGCCUCUUACAUCCCCUUCUACUGCCUCAUCGGUGAUACAGCAAUCCGGAAACUAGUUCCUAAUCAUGAGCUGGUCUGGGAGUUGGCCCAGUCUUACCAUCAGAGUGUAAGUCAGAGUCAAGAAACAACCACCAUAGCAUCCAGGGUGGAUCCACUUCCACCCUCUGGUUUUGGCAGACGUGUGGAUUGUAGCACGUUUUCAUCCCUCUCAACUAGUUCCACCCUGCAAGGAGACUUGCUUCCUGAGUCAGGCACAUUUGGGAGCCACCUCGUAGGAAACCGAAUUCAAGUAUCCAGAGACACUGACUAUGGUGGCUGCUCAAACGUUGGCUUGACUCACCCUUGGGGACGCUCUGGUCAUACCACACCUAUCAUUACAACAGCCUCCACCUUCACAACACCAUCCACUGGUGCAGCUUCUUUCUCCUCCUCCUGGGUGACAAGCCCCACGCCAGAGGACAGCGUCUUGAAACAGGAGCUCCCCCGAAGUAGCCGCUCCCUGCAGGGCAACUGGCUGGCCUACUGGCAGUAUGAAAUUGGUCUUAAUCAACAAGAUCCACAUUUUCACUUCCAUCAGAUCAGAUUACAGAGCUUUCUGGGUCACUCGGGCACCACAAAGUGUUUGGCACCUCUUGCAGGAGAGGAUUACUUUCUUUCUGGUAGUAAAGACAAGACUGUGAAGCUUUGGCCGCUGUAUAACCACGGUGAUGGUACGCAGGAUGUGGAGCCCAGGCUGACGUACAACGACCAUCGAAAGUCUGUGUUCUAUGUUGGACAGCUGGAGGCUUCACAGGAGGUAGUCAGCUGUGAUGGUACCGUGCACCUGUGGGACCAGUAUACAGGCAAACAGAUCCGCUUGCAUGAAACCGUGGAUGGGAAGAAUCCCAUUACAGCUGUCACCACCAUGCCUGCUCCACACAGCAGUGUUGUGUACGGCAGCGCAGAUUCUGUUCUCCGCUUCAUUGAUCCUCGCAAGCCUGGCUUGCAGCAUGAAUUUCGUCUGGCAUGCAACAAUGUGAGUGCUGGGCUCAUCCGUUAUCUGGCUGUAAACCCUUCAGGACGCACAGUGGCGGCAGGUUUUUCAUCUGGCUUCAUUGUUCUGCUAGAUGCACGCACAGGGCUUGUACUGAAAGGCUGGCCAGCUCAUGAAGGAGACAUACUCCAAAUGAAGGCUGCAGAAGCAAAUAUUGUUAUCAGCUCCUCCACUGACUACACACUGACUGUGUGGAAAGAUCUGGAACACAAGCCUCUUCGCCUGUACAAGUCACCAUCCGACCCCAUCCACGCCUUUGACCUUUACGGUUCAGAGAUUGUAACGGGAACAGUGGCUAAUAAGAUCGGAGUGUACUCUAUGGCUGAUAUCUCCCUGAGCCCCGUUAGUAGCACAAAACUGAGCACGGAGAACUUCCGCGGUACUCUGACCAGCCUUGCGGUCCUGCCCACCAAGAGGCUUCUGCUGCUGGGCUCUGAGAACGGUGCCAUUAGGUUAUUGGCUUAAAUCAAUAGUUACAAGCUAUACUAAACACUCUCUGCAUUGACCUUCAAAGUGUCUUAUUCAUGCCAGAUGCCAAGUGUCUGAGCUCCUCUGUCCCUUCUGUGCUUUUGGUCAAUUAUACUGAUAGGGCAGGUUGUCAUAUCCUUUAAACUGUUUGUUGAAUGAGGCAGCACAAGUAGAGGCAUUGUAUAAGCUUCAUGUCUACUGCAUAUUGCCAUUGAGGCUAUUGACAUGCAUCAUGUACAUUGAUAUUGAAUUCCUUUAUUAUUUUGUUCUUUUAAACCUAUAAAUGUAUAUACGAGGAGAUUCUCAUAUAGACAAGGUCACUUAUUCUUUUGACUAGGUUCCUUAUUCUGUUCAAAGGAAUGAAUUGGAAGACAAGCUCAGGAAGGUCUUAUGUAGUGUUUACACUUUUCCAAAUAGAUGCAUAACAAAACCAAAAAUACAUUGACCUCACCUUUUAUUUCCCUCAUGAUAGAACAAAUAUGUAUCCAAAUGCACUGAUUAAACUAUGCAGUAUUUGUAGAUCACAUCCUUUGUUUGUGUUAGUGUUGCUCCAUUUUUCAUUAGAUAUUUCAGUGUUUGUGUAUACAUCACGAACAAUAAAAGUACACUCGCUGUUGUGAUGACAGUCUUGGUGUAUCUUCUCAGAGAGGAGACACUUAAGUUGUCACAUUAAAAAGUUAGUGACUGAUGCACAGCCUUUAUUCUACUGCACAAGUAUGGCCUGAAUUGUAACAUUUAGAGUCUCACUCAGAUUUUAAAGAUUGAAUGUUUUUUUUUUUUUAUCCACUAAUAAAUUACUUGAAGUUGCUUUGGGAUUUUCUAAACAAUGUUUAGGUAUUCUUGAUUUAACACUUCACAAAAACCUGUAGCAACAAUACACUGGAAGCGGAAUCCGGCAGAUGCUGCUUUAAGUGGGUUUGCCAACUAUUGCAGAGACUUCUGUAAUCAGCUUCUUCUAAUUUUUGACUUUAAAAGCUAGCAUCAGAACAGUCAAUGCCAAGAUAAACUGCUUUUGUAUUUUAACCAUUAUGUUUAACUGCUUAAACUGCUGAGAUGGCAACAGAAGCUACAGAUCAAUAAAUGUAUUGUAUAAUGUAGUCAUGGUGUGAUGCAAAUUAACAUACAGUUGAAAUUUUGCUCCUUAAAAUUAGCCCAAUCUCAAGUUUACAAAGUUUAGUAGCAUUUAACUAUGAAAGCUCUGCUCUUUGCCUACUUUUCUAAUUAUUUGCCUAAAGUUCAAAAUUGUUAAGUGUACUACAUGUUUUGAAUUUUUUGUUUUUGUUUUAAUUUUGUUUUUUAGAAAAUCCAGAGUGAAAGCGCAACCAUUAAAAAGACCAACGUUGUUUUAAAGUUUGUAGUUGCACAUUGAUAAUUGGUUACAAUCGAUAUUCUGUCUCCGAACAUUUUACAAGAAGUCAGUGAAAAACGUAUUUAUUAACUGGAUUAAUAAAAAUU